AUGGAGGAGGGAUUGAACCCCAUCUCCCAGCUGGCACGAAGGGUCCAGGGGGCUGGCGCCAGAGGCUGGAGGAGCAUGUCGUCUCUGUUCAGCAGGGAGGAUGAGCACAAGCUGCUGACCCCCGAGUCCUGCGCUGACCACCCCCUGGCACCAAAGCCAGCAGAGUCGGCCCCUGCAGGGAAGACGACGUCGGGGUUCUGGGAUGUCUUUGCCACCAAGUGGCAGCAGGCCUCUGCGCUGGACAAGAAGACGGCCCAGCCUGAGUUCAGCGAGCCAGCGGCCGAGUUCAGCGGGGCGCCAGGGGAGCCCCCGGGAGAGGAGCCCACCUAUUCCAACAACGGCAGCGACCUCCGGGAGCCAGAAGAGGGCGCCUUCAAGUGGGGCUUCCUGGUCAGCAAACUGGCUGAGAUAAGGAAUAAAAAUGCCCCCAAGGGUAACUAGAGCGGAAGGAUCUUUCCCGUCAGCCUCAGCACAGGGCCCCUCGCUCA